CAUAAGGUCAUUUGUGAAUCACAUGAAUGUCAGGUCAGUAUGGAAGUUGCACAGAGAAGUGGCCUGUCAUCAUACCAGUGCAAACACAUCCGCUCUGUAAAUUACUGUGCAUCCUCUGCAGAACCAGUCUCCCUGAAAGAAGAGAUUUUAUCCGAGAUGGUGAAAGCAAAGUGGUUUAGUAAUGAAAAGAAGAAGAUUUGCCUUACUCGGCAGCAGCAUGCUAACAGCAGUCACAUACCACUCUCUGUUCAAACCUCGAUCGGCACCCCUGAAACAAAGAAGUUCAUUUCAGUAUUUGAACCCAGUGUCUCCUAUUACAGCAGGUUGGGGCGUGUAAUGGUUGUAUAUGACUCAAAAUUAAACACAUGGCAUUGUCCCUGUGCCAUAUUGAGGCGCUCAUGUGUGCACAAAUAUAUUGCAAAAUGGCACCUUUUUCAGACACAACGCGACUUGUUUCGAACAGUCUUCAGCAGAGAAGAAUCACCACGCAAAGAACCAUAUGCACAGUCUGAGAAGGAUUUCAGAGAAGACAAUCCUGUUUAUCCUCCAAAACAUCAAGGGUUAAAUAAUAUGGUAUGUUACAUUCUUCAGCACAAGAAGAUUCCUGUUGAUCUACCAGAUGAUGUGCGGGUACCAUCACCAGACAAAGAUUACCCAAAAAUCCUUUGUCCAGAUGAAUGUGUCUGUCAGAUUUGUCCAGGUGUUGUUCCCCUCAGUGAACCCAUCCUAAUUACGAAGAAGGCUAAAAUACUCACAAACUGGUCCAUAAUUGAAGAUGUUGCCAUUUACUGUAAGCAGUGCCCACUAUGUGGAAUGUUCUACCGUUAUCAGGAGUGGAAAGACCACCUACAUAACUUUGAUGACCACAACAUCCUUGCAAUACCCUUAUGCCUAACCUUGAGAAGCCUUCUUCAGGUGCAUACAUCGGUGAGCAGAGCAGUAAAUUAUUUGGAAGAUUUGACAGGUUUGAAGUUUCCGGCACCAGACACGGUUCUUCAUGCCUACUUGCAUUUUGAGGCCCUUGUGGAACAUGAGUACAGAUACUCAUGUAUUACCUGUGGUGACCAUCCCCCAGUGGUGAUAAUGGAUCUACACAAAAAGGGUGUUUUCCAUUUUUCUGCAAGUGACACAGAGGAACCUCCUGAAAACUUCCGAGGGGACGUCAAUAUAGAAACAUUCUGGGAGGCACUAUCCAAAGAAAUGAUAUGUCGUGGAUUUGUUGCAAGUGGUGCACAAAAUCCAUUUGCAGUUAAACCUACGUAUCACUUCUGGGCUCCUUGGAUUGGCAAGAGGACACGUCGUUCAGACAAUGUGCUAAACACAGAGUUUGAAAAAGUUCAUUCUUCAAAGUCUGCCUCAGAGACUGCAGAAAUUACGGUGACAGAGGAGAGGCUGAAAGAAGAACUUCAAAAGCAGAAGGUUAUUGUUAUUCGGAAACUAUGCAAAGAAUGUGGUCUGGACUCCACUGGCUCUCGGAGUGACCUCCUCCUCAGAUUGUCCAAUGAAAUGAAAUCGAGGCAAACAUAUGAUAAAAUCUUUGAAAAAAUCUGGGGUGCCUCUGGAGGCUGGGGAGUCAUCAUGUGCCCAUGUGGUGUAGUUUACAGUUUAAAAUGCAAUCUUCGAGCAGAAAGCCCUUGAGAUUUUGUUGAUCUUCUGUUCUCAUGGAAGCACAUGCCGAACAUUAUCAUUUAUGACUUUGCACGCGGUUUAGCAACACAUGCCAAUCUCAGGGCACCAGAAAGCAUUCCUAUUCAUCCACAUGAGGGACGCUUGGCAGAACCCACUCAAGAAAACAUAACACUUGCCAGAUCUGGAAAUCUGAAAGUGUCCUUGCCUUGGCUGGAGGGAAAAAAAAGUGCAAGUGAUCCUCAAGGACACCCACUGACAGGAUCUUCUGAUCAUUACAUAUUAUCUGACCGUUUUCACGAGAACAAUACCAAAGACAGUAGAGAUGUUCUGAGGAAGAUCACUAUAGUGCCUCAACUAGCUUGCAAAAUAAAUAGCCAGGUUGCAGAGCAACUGUUCUCAAAGAUGAGAAAAAAUAACUACUUCUUGAACAUGUCUCAGCCAUCAACACACCUCUUUCAAAUGAGGACCAUAAUUCACCACUAUAACGAAAACAAGAACAACAAAGUGAGGACUAGAUUAAUGAAGACAUUUGGAUCAAAGUUGGUGAUGAAUAUGCAUGGACAGGCUGUGCUGGAAAAUUCGGACAUCUCUAUAGACGAGCUAGUCCCCACAGACAUUGAGAUGGAGCAUGUUACCCCGACAUCAAUGACGGUCCCAACCAGUAAAACUGAAAUGGUGUGUAAUUAUAAAUGCCUGUCUGCCAGUAGAGAUUGUUGGGAUUGUGUGCCAACUCAUAGGCAAUCAGUAAUGCUUGAAUGGGCUUUGGGGACAGGCGACCAAGAUGAGACAAUUGCUGAAGUUGGAGACGUGGUUCUGAAAAAGAAAGAU